UAAACCCUUUACUGAGUCACAAGCAUCUACUCAACACACCUCUGCAGAAGACCUAGUUUGUGAUCGCGUUUACAGCAGUUCAACAGCGACCACACCCAUGGCGCCCCCUGCCCUGUCGGAGGAUCAGUUCCGUUGCUGCAUCUGCCUGGACGUCUUCACUGACCCUGUCUCCAUCCCCUGCGGACACAACUUCUGCCUGGCCUGCAUCAACGGCUUCUGGGACGUGCAGAACCGGAGCCAGUGUCCCCUGUGCAAGGAGAGCUUCCAGCGUCGCCCGGAGCUCCGCAUCAACCGGGGCUUCGCCGACAUCGUCGAACACUUCAAGAGCUCGCUGGGCGAGCGCGAGGCCGACGCCACCGCCGCCGACGUCGCCGCGGCCGAGAGGGUUCCCCCGGGCGCCGUCGCCUGUGACGCGUGCCCCGGGGGGAACGCCCAGGCCGUGAGGUCGUGUGUGGACUGCCGGGCGUCCUACUGCCAGGCUCACCUGGAGCCCCAUCAGAGGGAUCCGGCCCUGCGGGAACACAGGCUGGGCGAGCCGGUCUCCUUCCCCCCGCGGGGGCUGUGCCGCCAGCAUGGGCUUCCCCUGCUGCUGUUCUGCAGGGUGGACCGGACCCCCCUCUGUGUGAGGUGCACGGAGACGGAGCACCGGGCCCACAGCGCUGUCCCUCUGGAGAGGGUGAGCCACAACAUGAGGACACAGGUGGAGAGAAUUGAGGUGGAGGUGCUGCAGAUGAUCCAGACCAGACAGGAGAAGGUGGAGGAGAUCCAACACUCGGUGGAGGUCAGCACGAGAAGUGCCGAGAGAGAGAUAGAAGUGAGGGUUCAGUUGCUGAGUGAACUGGUCAGCUCCAUCGAGCGAAGCCGGGCUGGCAUGGUGGAGGAGAUCCAGGUGAAACAGGCAGCGACCGAGAAGAGGGCCGAAGGCCUCAUCCAAGAUCUGAAACGGGAGAUCUCUGAGCUCCAGUGGAGGAGCGCUGAGUUGGAGCAGCUCUUACACACCGACGACCCCCUGCUCCUCCUCGAGAGUUUCCCCUCUCUCGCCUCCCUUCCUCCCACCCAGGAUUGGUCUGAGGUCAGCGUGCACUCUGACCUGUGUGUGGGUACCGUACGGAAAGCCAUGUCCAAGCUGGCAAACACCUGCCAGAAACUGGAGAGGGAGUUGUCCGACAUUGAGCUACGGAGGGCCCAGCAGUAUGCAGUGGACGUGACUCUGGACCCAGCCACAGCAGCAGCCUGGCUGGUUCUGUCAGCAGACGGGAAGAAGGUGAGUCUGAGCCAGCAGAAGAGGCAGGUGAAGGUCUGGGACAGCCCACUGAGGUUUGACUCCUGCGUCUGCGUGCUGGGCAAGCAAGGGUCCGCCACCGGGAGGCGCUACUGGGUGAUCCAGGUGGGCAACAAGACAGACUGGGAUGUGGGCGUGGCCAUGGAGUCUAUCAACAGGAAGGGGAGUGUCCUGGUUAGACCUGAUCAGGGUUUCUGGGCAGUGUGUCGGCGGAAAGGCGGGGACCUAUAUGCUUGUACGGGAUCCCCCACCCCCCCUUGCCUGAAGGACAGGCCCCAGAAAGUGGGGGUGUUUGUGGACUACGAGGAGGGGCUGGUGUCCUUCUUCGACGUGGAGGCCGGGGCUCACAUCUACUCCUACACCGACUGCUCCUUCAGGGGGGAGAAGCUCCACCCAUACCUCAACCCAUGUCUCCAUCACAACGGGAGGAAUGCCGCCCCGUUGGUCAUCUGUGAUGUGAAGGGGGCGGGGCUUGUGCAGGAAGUGUCCACCGAGACCAUCCUGCCCCUUCAGUGUGUCCUGUGACCUAGCUGUCAAUCACUCGUUUGCUGGUGAUGUGAUCACGCAUCUGCUGGAACAGACGGGGUCUUCAAGAGAGAGAGAGAGAGGAGAGGGCGAGAGAACAGGAUCCAGAGGGGGGAUGAGGAGGAGAGAGCAGGGGGGAGAGUUUCAGAGAGAGAGAGAGAGAGAGAGAGAGAGAGAGGAGAGGAAAGGGGAGGUACUGUAUUAAAAGGAGAGAAAAGGAGAGAGAAAAAAUUUUUGAGCGAAAGGGAAAGAGAGAACGUAGGAGGGGCAGAGAGAGAGAGAGAGAGAGAGAGAGAGAGAGAGAGAGAGAGAGAGAGAGAGAGAGAGAGAGAGAGAGAGAGAGAGAGAGAGAGAGAGAGAAAA